CAACAACAUCCGACACGCGCCUGCUCGUUUACAAUUGGCCGGAAUCAAUCGGUCGACUCCAAACUACCAUGCUGAAGACUGUGCUUCGGCGCCUACCUCGCUCCCUCUCUGCAUCAUCUGGAGCCCCACUUCAAGCUGCUUACCCUCAGUGGAACCACCGCCAUCGAGAUCCCUCCACUUCUUUCAAGUUCCGCUUCGUCGGAGCUCUAGCUGCUGGAUUAGCAGUGUCCUCUGCUCUAUGCGAACAACCAACCGAGAAAGAUGACGCUCCUGUGACUCCAGGCGAAGUGCGCUCCGAUCUACCAACAUUCUCGUUCGAUGAGGUACAGAAGCACACGGGGGCGAAUAAGAGCGGCACGUGGGUCGUCUACAAGCACGGCGUCUACGACAUCACCAAGUUCAUCGCGUCGCACCCUGGCGGUACAAAGAUCCUAUUGGCUGCUGGCCGCUCCAUCGAGCCAUUCUGGCAGCUUUACGCUGCUCAUAACCACGCAGAUGUGCACAAGAUAUUGGAGAAGUUGCGGAUUGGCAACUUAAGAGAAGAAGACGUGGAGAUGCUCGAGGAAUUGAGGAAGGAGAGGUACGGCGACGGACCGUACAGUAGAGAUCCUACGCGUCACCCGGCACUUAAAGUGAAUUCCAGUAUGCCAUUCAAUGCCGAGCCUCCAGCUGAGCUGCUGAUGCAGUCGUUCAUCACUCCGAACGAUUUAUUCUUCGUGCGCAACCACCUACCAGUGCCUGAAGUGGAUAUCGAGAAGUAUACACUAAAGAUCUCCGGACUGGGAGUUGGUAGGGAGAAGCAGAUAGAGUUCACACUAGACGACUUGAAGAGCAAGUUUAAACACCACACGGUGACUACGACAGUGCAAUGUGCUGGCAAUCGACGGGCAGAGAUGUCGGGUGUGAAGCAGGUGAAUGGAUUGAGUUGGGAUACUACUGCCUUAUCUACAGCGAACUGGACGGGUGUGUUGCUCUCCGAUGUGCUUGCAAGUAUCGGUAUAACUGAUGAGGAUUCCAGACAUGGAGAAUGUGAGUGUGAGGUGGGAGAGAACAUGGAGACGUGCGAUGAUUGCAAUACCGUCAUCCAGCAUGUGCAGUUCGAAGGACUUGAUGCCGAUACGGAAGGCAACACAUACGGUGCGUCGAUCCCUGUUGCGACGGCAUUGGACCCCAGGAAGGACGUACUACUUGCCUUCGAGAUGAACGGAGAGACCAUCCCACGAGAUCACGGCUAUCCUCUUCGAGUCAUCGUGCCUGGAACAGUAGGCGCUCGUAACGUGAAGUUCCUGCAUCGUAUCGUGCUCUCGAGCGACGAGAGUCCGAGUUUCUGGCAACAGCGCGACUACAAAGGCUUCCCACCUAACGUAGACUACUCUCGUGAUGACUACUGGAAGUUUGCUGGUGACUCUAUUCAAGAACUGCCAGUCCAGUCUGCGAUUACGGAGCCUAAGAACGGAUCAAUUCACUUGGUAGAUGAUGCCUCAGACAGCUCGAUCGUGACUGUGAAAGGCUAUGCUUGGAGUGGCGGUGGUCGCAAUAUCAUUCGAGUGGAUAUCUCGGUUGACGGAGGCAAAACGUGGACACCUGCUGAGCUGCACGAGUCAGGGAAACGCCAAAAGUACAACCGUGCGUGGGCUUGGACUCCUUGGGAAUUAGAUGUGGAGGUACCGCCUGGUACCAAGAAGCUGGAUAUCAUGUGUAAAGCUGUUGAUGCUUCUUACAACGUCCAGCCGGAUACGAUCGCACCUAUCUGGAACAUGAGAGGUGUGCUGAACAACGCAUGGCAUCGAGUACACGUUAAUGUGGAGGAGUCUGACGAAGAAGAAGAGUAAAGUUUUUUUUCCGACUCAAUUGUUUGUUUUUGUGGGGUAAAGAAUUCCACGUAUAGUCUUGAGCAUCACAUCGGACCAUUGCGUUGUAGCAUCACGCAAGUUCUCUAACUCGCAGAAAGUAACGGGGAACUCUGGUCGACGGACCUUGUAGAACGCAGCACGUCGCAUUGUGACCACCACGUCUGACUUCUCACCAGUAUUCCUGUUCUCCGUGAGCACCACUGCAGUUGAGAUAUCUUUGCGGACGUAUCUGUGAGAUAGAUAGGGGUACUUGUCGUCUUCAUCGACCGAGUCCCCGACCAUGACCGCACAAGGUUCACCGUCGUAUCCAUCACUUAACAUGGCUCGGAAUGACACCACAUUACCCUCUGUAGUAAUGCCGUCUUCAUUCGUUGAUAGUAUCCUUGUGUGGAAUGCUGCUUCGUUCACCUCAUCGUAGUCUUCACGAAUCGUGAUGUGUCCUAACUGCUCCGUGAUGAUGAUCUCCAUGUUGUUCUUGUAGAACGACAGAGCGUCGUAGACCUGUUGGAGCGACUUAACUCCUGGAAACUGAAUUGUAUCGAAGAGAACACAGCAUAAAUCGCCCUCUUCGUUCUCAAACUGGUUUUGAGAAGACUGUUUCUUCAUGGCAUCAUUGAUACCUCCUGGUCCCAUGACGAAGUUUAGAGC